AUCGACGAUGUUUUCCUGUUGCCGCCUUCUCUCGAAGUGGCAAAAAUAGAGCGGGAAAUGGUGGAAAACUCACCCACUUACUAUAGCGACAAUCAGCGAUAUUCUUUGUCAUCAGCUCUUCUUUCCACCUACGGGCUUGCUUUCUUUUCGCUUGGCUUGAUACGAUUAGCUUCUGAUGCUUUUGUAUUCGCGGGUCCUAUUCUGCUCCAUGUUCUUGUAGAGAUCUUGGAAAAUCCUGCUCCAAAUGUGGGUUGAGCAAUUCUCAACUAUAUUUCUACCGACGUUGAUCGUAUUGUCAAUUUUUGUAAUUCUUUUCAUGCUUUUUGGAGUUUACCAGUGCAACUGGGCAUUGCUCUGUACUUACUUUAUCGGGAGAUCGGUAUGGCUUUCUUAGCUGGAGUCAUGGUCGCUAUCGUUCUUAUUCCACUCAAUAAGAAAGUCACUGAUUGGAUUGGAAAAAUGUCGGUGAAACUUAUGCAUUGUAAGGAUCAGAGAAUCAAGCUAGUUCGUGAAACUAUGGAAGGAAUUCGAGCGGUAAAAUCAUCGGCAUGGGAGCCUUUCUUCGAGAGGAAGAUCACUGAACUCAGAGAGGACGAGCUCAAAUAUUUGAAGGCUUUCACCUGUCUAGCUCUUGUUAAUAUUCUUAUCAUGCCAUUAAACGCGUUCCCUUGGGUGUUGAACGGCCUUGUCGAGGCUUUGGUAUCAUUGAGGAGGCUCAGACGUCUUUUCAAUUUGAAUAAUAUGGACGUGCAUGAUAUAUACACGCUAUCUGGAGAUAAGGAUGCUGUAAUGUACGUAAGAGAGGGUAAUUUCUUCUGGAGAGGUUCCAGACAUGCUAUCAGUGGAGUCUCGUUCCGUGGAACAAAGGGAAAGAUCAUUGGAAUUUCUGGUGAUGUUGGAAGUGGAAAAACAACUCUCUUGCUAGGACUGCUUGGUGAAACAAAAUCUCUCACCGAAUGCAUAGGAAUUACACAAGAAAGUGUCUCUGAUGGAAUCGGCUACAUGGGACAGGAGCGAUGGCUUUACCGAGCGUUUGCUAUGACCAGUGUUUUUUCCUUCUAA